AUGGGUCGGCUCACACAGGCUCACUUUGACGACCUCUUCCUCAACAAGGUAAAGCAGGUCUGCGUCCACGUCCUCGACCAGCUCAACGAAGCAAACGAAAUCGAACAGGCCUUCGACCUCUGUCCUUCCAUCUCGAGACGCAACCGUGUCAUCUUGUCCUUCCUGCACGAUGCAGACCAAGUCGAUGCCGCAGCGGCGGCCAGCUCUUCCGCCUCUCCUGCUGCACGCUCCGCCGCCUCAUCUGCCUCGCCUCCCCUCGCCUCUCUUCGUCCUUCCUCCUCGGCCCUUCCAUCGCGCCAGACCUCGCUGGGCACCGACAGCGUCGCCAGCCUAUCCGCACAGCGCAGGAGGCGAGCAAGAGAGAUGCAGUACGUUCGCGAUCCUAUCGAUUCCGACGACGACUCCGACCCCCGCUCUGCGCCGGCUCCCUCGUCCAUCUCCAACAGUCGCCUCGACCCUGCCUCGGCGCGCAAUCCAUCCAUGUCUCAGCCAGAUUACACUUUCGAACAGUUCACCGAGCAUCUCGACCCUACCGAUAAGCUGCUGAAGCGAAGCUUCGAGAUCAUCAUCAAGGAGACCGCUCGUCAGGCUCUCGCCAAGAAGCGCAAUUCCGAUCACGACCCAGCCAGGGCUUCCUCCAGACCCUCGCACGACUCGGCAGCCUCGCUGCGUUCAGCUAUCGCCUCCUCGCGAUCAGAUCGAAACACCAUUUCCGACCGGGCUCGCACAGACAUCGCGCUUGCUCGACGCAUGGCUCGCGCGCUUGGUCCCGACUCGGACGUGCGCGGUCCCAAUGCUAGCGCCAUGAACCCCGACCCCACUUACGAUCUCCUUCGCUCCAUCGCCCCGCCUACUCGUGCACUCUCCAACCGCUCCUCCGCCAAUGGUCAGCUCUCCCUCUCCUCGUACAACGCCCCUCAGCGCACCGCUCGUAUCUCGCUUCACGAGUUCCUGCUCCCGUCAACGAAUUCAGAAAGAGCGCUCUCCUGGCCAAGCUCGACAACGAGCACGGCCAACCAAUCAGAAGCGCGCCUCGCACCGCCCUUCUCUCUCGAGUCGCAGCGUAGCGCACCGCCUCGCCCCUCGACUUCGGCCAUGUCUGCACGCUCGAUCAGCGCUCGGCUCGCCGAAGCUUCAAGACGCAACGCCGAGGCAGCCAGGACAAUCGACGAAGCAGAACGUCUGAGGUCCAGCCAAUUUAUCCGCACUUCCAUCGAGUCCUUGCGUGCCUCCCUCUUCCAGUUUCAUAUCGAUCUGGCUUCCACGCAGCUGCAACAUGCACACAAUCAUCACGUCGACCAGAUUCAGCAGUCAAACAGCGACGAUUCCGCUACCUCGGGUAUCGGCUCGUCCUACGCUCUCGUCAUGGACACCAUCGAGCUCUUUGACGAUACGCUCCGACGUCUCUCCUGCCUCGUCUCCAACAACGACCGCGACGACCGACGUGUCGCGCAAGCGCAGACGCAAGUCUCGAAUACAGAGCGCAACACGGAUUCGUCACAGAUGCGCACCUCGCUGUGGAGAGCGCGCAACCUCUUGCUCCUGUCAUCCAUGUCGAGACGCUCUCAACAUGCAGCAGAAGCGAGCGCCGGUGCUUCGCGAUUGUCGACAAGCAAUGUUGACGUCCAACUCAAGGCGCAUCACCACCUCAUGGCUACCAUCGAAGAGUCGCAUUGGACCAGACCCGACGUGCUGCCGCCUUCGGGUGCAGCAAUUCGUACAUGGCGACGAAAGGUGGCCGCCUGGUACCACCUCGAUCGUGAUCGCACACAGUAUCCAGACGCACUCCACACUGCAUCCGAGCCAGAGGAGGGCUACGCGCGGUGGCAUCCUGACGUCGAGCUGGCGUAUCCUCUGGAUGACGAGAUCCACGAGCCGUCGGCAGAAGCCGCAACAUCCUCGCGCCCCGACCCGAUCGCAGAUCCGAGAGCGGCUUGGGCGUUUGCCCGUCAAGGCGACGCUUCGCUCUCAGGAGACCUGAACGAUGAUCCAGAAAUUCGCGCUGCGCUCGAUUCUGACGCUGUCAACACCGCUCACAGGCGUCUUUGCACCAUCCUUGCUGAAACUGGUGGCGAAUCUGUCAGGCAGCCUGAUGCUGCAGCAGGCGGUCCUAUCCCGGCGGACGGUCAAGGGGCAACGGCGGAUGAAGCCAACUUGGAGGCCGAUCCAGAUGUAUCGCUGACGCGCACCACGUCGCUGACGCGCCGAAACGCCGUUCGAGGCCUGCCAUUGAACAACUCGGAUGCCGGCAGCAUCCGCUCCGCACGCACCUCGCUUUCUCUCGGCCGCGCACGCGACGCGGAUCUGCCUACCAGCACGGCACGAAGAACUCGAACCGAGAUCGCGGUGACGGCCGAUGGCAACGGCGACGAGCUGGACGCCGGUGAAGAAGACUCUGUGGAGACGAGUAUGGAGAUCGGCACCGCGACGCGCGCUCCAAUCAGCGAGGAGACAGUCGAGUCUCUGGCACCGCCUGCGGAUCGACCGCGGGCGGGCCGCAGCGGGUCUUUCACCUUCAUCACGACGCCGGCAGCCGUGCUGCGCUCGCGACAGCGAAGUCAGAGCCGCAGCCAAGCGGGACAGCGCAGCGCAUCGCCUGCAUCGGACGCACCCGAUGAGGAUGAAGUGUUGGACGGAGACGACUCGGAGGCCGAAGAGUACAUCGACCUGGAUCUGGACUUGGGCAUGGCGGGCGAGGAUGGAUUCGAUUUCGACUUGGUCGACUUCCUGCGCACUGAAUCGCGACGUGCUGCGCGCGAGCACGACGACGACGACAGCUUGGACGUCGAUACGGCAGAUUCGCGACUGAGGCGACGAUUUUUCAGCCGUGUCCAAGGCAACCUCAAUAGGGGCGCGGGCGACGGCAGCAGCGGUAGCCAGGAUGAAGACGAGGAAGACGGAGAGGCUGCAUCGGGGAUUCGUGUGUUCGUGUCGGGCUCUGGCGCGUCCACCCCGGCAGAAGCCAGGCAGGCUACGUUCGAGGCGUAUGCUCAGCGCGCUCGCCUGCUCGAACGACGACGCAGGCUCGAUGCCCCGCCGGCGCAGGACGAAGAUGAUGCCGACCCUUCGGAUCGGCGUCGACGCACGGCUCGCAGCAGUUCGAACUCCGAUGCACACCCUCGCAACUCACUGCCCUUCCCCCGCACUUCGGAGCGCUGA